GGGGCCUCAUUCUUGGAUGAAGCUGCUGAACUCGCUGUCCGUGGACCCCGACGCCGAGUGCAAGCACGGCCUCUACCUCCGGGAUGGCAGACGCAAGGUGGACUACAUCCUGGUGUAUCACCCCAAGAGGCCCUCGGGCAGCAGGACCCUGGCCAGGAGGGUGCAGCACGGCGACACGGCCCCCGCAGCCCGCGGCACCAGGCAGGACCAGCCGCUGCCGGGCAAGGGGGACGUGGGGGCGGCGGGGGGCCCCGAGCCCCCGAUGGACUACCAUGAGGACGACAAGCGUUUCCGCAGGGAGGAGUACGAGGGGAACCUCCUGGAGGCCGGCCUGGAGCUGGAGCGGGACGAGGAGACUAAAAUUCACGGGGUUGGAUUUGUAAAAAUCCACGCGCCCUGGAACGUGCUGUGCAGAGAAGCCGAGUUUUUGAAACUGAAGAUGCCGACGAAGAAGCUGUAUCACAUUAACGAGACCCGUGGCCUCCUGAAAAAGAUCAACUCCGUGCUCCAGAAAAUCACGGACCCCAUCCAGCCCAAGGUGGCAGGGCACAGACCCCAGACCACAAAGAGACUGUCCUACCCCUUCUCCCGGGAGAAGCAGCACCUAUUUGACCUGUCUGACAAGGAUUCCUUUUUCGACAGCAAAACCCGGAGCACGAUAGUCUAUGAAAUCCUGAAAAGAACGACAUGUACCAAGGCCAAGUACAGCAUGGGGCAAGGAGAGGGAAGAAAGAAGGACUCUGCCCUUCUAAGUAAGAGGCGAAAAUGUAGUAAAUACGGUAUCACCAGCCUGCUGGCCAAUGGCGUUUACUCGGCCGCCUACCCCCUGCACGAUGGAGACUACGAAGGUGAAAACGUGGAGUUCAACGACAGAAAACUCCUGUACCAAGAGUGGGCGAGUUACGGCGUCUUCUACAAGUACCAGCCCAUCGACCUGGUCAGGAAGUACUUUGGGGAGAAGAUCGGCCUGUACUUUGCCUGGCUGGGCGUGUACACCCAGAUGCUCAUCCCCGCGUCCGUGGUGGGGAUCAUCGUCUUCCUGUACGGAUGUGCCACAGUCGACGAGAACAUCCCCAGCAUGGAGAUGUGUGACCAGAGACACAACAUCACCAUGUGCCCGCUGUGCGACAAGACCUGCAGCUACUGGAAGAUGAGCUCGGCGUGCGCCACGGCCCGGGCCAGCCACCUCUUCGACAACCCCGCCACCGUGUUCUUCUCCGUCUUCAUGGCCCUCUGGGCCGCCACCUUCAUGGAGCACUGGAAGCGGAAACAGAUGCGGCUCAAUUACCGCUGGGACCUCACCGGCUUCGAGGAAGAGGAGGAGGCCGUCAAGGACCAUCCCAGAGCCGAAUACGAAGCCAGAGUUUUGGAGAAGUCACUUAGGAAGGAAUCCAAAAGCAAAGAGAAGCGCCGGCAUAUUCCAGAGGAGUCAACAAACAAAUGGAAGCAGAGGGUUAAGACAGCCAUGGCGGGGGUGAAAUUGACAGACAAGGUGAAGCUGACCUGGAGAGAUCGGUUCCCAGCCUACGUCACCAACUUGGUCUCCAUUGUCUUCAUGGUAAGUUCCGGAAGGCUGAGGCGGGAGAGGUCAGGGAGGCCCACGGGGAGAGGUGUGUGCUCGCCCGGACCAGAGCCGGCUAUCAACGUGACAUUUGCUCUCGUCCCAGGGUGCAGGGUAGGGGGAGGCCCCGAAUGUUCCGUCUCGUCUCACCCCCGUGGGUUUGGGAGUAAUACACAGCACGGCAGUCCUGGCUCAGCCUGGGGGUGUGCUCGGGGCAGGGGGGGGGGGGCUCCAGCCCCUUCCUCGGGGUCUCCCCGCGCUGCCCCUCCUCUCCCACUGCCCCCGCCUCGUUGCAGGUUUGUUGGCCGCCCGGGUGACUACGUGUACAUUUUCCGUUCUUUCCGGAUGGAGGAGUGUGCCCCAGGGGGCUGCCUGAUGGAGCUCUGUAUCCAGCUCAGCAUCAUCAUGCUGGGCAAGCAGCUCAUUCAAAACAACCUGUUUGAGAUCGGCAUCCCGAAGAUGAAGAAGUUCAUCCGCUACCUGAGGCUCAGGCGCCAGAGCCCCCCCGACCACGACGAGUACGGGAAGAAGAGGCAGCGCUACGAGGCGGAUUACACGCUGGAGCCUUUCGCCGGCCUCACCCCAGAGUACAUGGAGAUGAUAAUCCAGUUUGGCUUUGUCACCUUGUUCGUCGCGUCCUUCCCCCUGGCCCCACUGUUCGCGCUGCUGAAUAACAUCAUCGAGAUCCGCCUGGACGCCAAAAAGUUUGUCACCGAGCUCCGCAGGCCGGUGGCCGUCAGAGCCAAAGACAUCGGAAUCUGGUACAAUAUUCUCCGAGGUGUCGGGAAGCUGGCGGUCAUCAUCAACGCGUUCGUGAUCUCCUUCACGUCCGACUUCAUCCCUCGCCUGGUGUACCUGUACAUGUACAGCCAUAACGGGACCAUGCACGGCUUUGUCAACCACACCCUCUCCUCCUUCAACGUCAGUGACUUCCAGAACGGCACGGCCCCCAACGACCCCCUGGAUCUGGGCUACGAGGUGCAGAUCUGCAGGUACAAGGACUACCGGGAGCCCCCGUGGUCGGAGCACAAGUAUGACAUCUCCAAGGACUUCUGGGCUGUGCUGGCAGCCCGGCUGGCCUUUGUCAUUGUCUUCCAGAACCUGGUCAUGUUCAUGAGUGACUUUGUGGACUGGGUCAUCCCAGACAUCCCCAAGGACAUCAGCCAGCAGAUCCACAAGGAGAAGGUCCUCAUGGUGGAGCUGUUCAUGAGGGAGGAGCAGGGCAAGCAGCGGCUGCUGGGCACGUGGAUGGAGAAGGACCGGAAGAAGCAAGAGCCCUGCAACAGUCACGGCCCCAAAGCCGGCCUGGACAGCCCCGAGUACCCCGGGGGCGCCCUGUAGCUGCCCCUGGCCUCCAGGCCGCCGGGCCCCCUCCGCCGGGCCCCGGGGCUCCUGUGUUCGCGGAGAACCUGGAAGCCCACCUUCUGAUAGGACAACCUCUUCCUGUCUUCUUUUUCUGUUGUUUUUUUUUUCCUCCUCGUUUUUGCACAAAACUGUUACGCAGGGAAUUUUUUUUAUCUUUAGUAUUCAAGGAUAAUCAAAAUGAUCGCUGGGGAUAGGGUGAUAACACGCGGGAAUGCGGGCGCUUUGCAGAAACACUUCUUGGGGACCGUGGGUUUCCUUUGCAGCGGAACGUGAGCAGAGGCCUCCAGAAAGCGUCUUUUCUAACCCCGCCUGAUGCCUUUAGAGAGACGAAAAGGUGUCCCAGAGCAUCGGGGCAAACGCCGUGCGGUACUGGAGGGAGAAUGGAAAAAUGAGGUUGACACCAGUCCCAGAAGGCAUCACCUGCCUCCGGGUCGGAAAAGUCCGACGGCUUUUCAUCUUCUGUUUCCGGUUAGUUCAGAAACCGAGUCACUGUGGCCAGAAAGAGGUGCCUGUGAGUUUAGAAUUUGCUCUUGGAGCACAGCAGGGCUCGGGUGUCCCCGAGGAAGCAGGCGACCCGCACCUCCGGGGUCCCCACCCCCACCGCCAGCCACACACCUGCCCCACCACCACGAGCCGAGUUCGUCCUCUUGGUGGGACAGAAAGAAAAAGAAAAGAAAAGAAAAGAAAACCGGGUCGACAGGAACAUGAGCAGAGAGAGAGGACCUCGGAGGCAUUUCUAAAGACGGCUUCAGGUUUCAAGAAGUCUUAAGGCAUCAGGAAAACAUUUGCAGCUUUAGAAUAUUUAUUGGGUUUUUAAUCAAUUCUAUGGUGGAUGUGAGGGUUUUUUUCUGUAGCUCAAACGUGGAAGGAGUUUAUUAGUUAACCAGAUAUCAUUGAGAGGAAUUUAAAAUACUGUUACUACCAAAGAUUUUUAUUAAUAAAGCCUUCUAUUUUGGUAACACUUCUCUAUAUUUUUACUUACAGGAAUGUUACUGUUGGACAGUUACCACUUUAACGCUUGUAAAAACAAGUCUCCUAGAUGACAUGAGCACUCUAAAUUUGCAGCAAUUACCCUAACCAAUUACCUGAAGUUUCUCAAGCACCGAGAGAAACACAGGAAAUGUUUCACCAAAGAAAGGGAAGAAAACGUAAAAGUGUUUGUCUUGAACAUGCGGUUGGGUGUGAUAUGAUUCCCUUACGUCGCCAACUGUGAUCGAAGUCCGUAGGUGCCAUAGAUUUUCGCUAUUUGCUAAGCUCGUGCGGUCUGAUGCUUCUGUUUUCUCUUGUACAGUGAGUAGCUUGAAAUGGGGUUUUUGUAUAUAAACAUUGUAUUAAAAAUUAGGUGAUUACCAAAAAUCCUUUUAUGGAAACCACUUUUUAAAAAAAAAAAAAAAAGCGUGUACACAAAUCCGCAGAGGAUCGCGGCUGAAGGUUCACUCAACUAAAUAAAUUUGGAUACACGACCA